CAGAUAGUUGUAUAUACAACCGUUUAUAACAUAUGCUUUGUACAAACUGUCCUAGUUAACCUCUCAUCCGGUAUAACAUUUUGAAAUUCCUAUAUUGAAACAAACAUGGAGGGAGUAUUAUUAUUAUCGACGCUGGUUGCUGUCGUUUCUUUUCAUGGUGCCGAUGCUGGUGAAUACUGUUUCACUAAUGGAUAUGAAUUCGGCUGGUGUGAGUGGGGAUGCUGUGAUAAUGUAUGCUGUGAAAACACUGGGGUAGGAGCGAUAGUCGGCAUUGUGAUCGGAUGUCUGAUAUUUGUGGCCAUCGUCGUCGGUGUCAUUAUUGCCAUCUACUGUUGUAUGAUCAAGUCACGUGGGCGCCAAGGACAAGUGGUGCACAACAACCAAGCCUCCAGUGCAGUAGUUCAGUACCCGCCCCCAUACGGAAACCCGUACCCUCUCGCAGCUCCCGCCGGACAGCCCUUCCCAGCGCAGACGCAGUGGCCACAGCCUCAACAUCCUGUAGGCACAAACCAGCAAUGGCAGCAACAGCCUGCAGACACAAACCAGCAAUGGCAACAUCAACCUCCAGGAACAAACCAGCAAUGGCAACAACAGCCGGUUGAUGCUGAUAAACCAUUGGCAUCGGCACCGCCUGCAUAUUCCGAAUAACUGUGAUCAAUCAUUCCAUAAUGGGCCUUCUGACAAUAAUGCUAGCGCUUGACCAAUAAAAAAGGCUAUCUAAUCGACGUGGAAUUGUACUGUGUAGUUUGGCUUUGGAUAAAGCCUAUAACCAACGUUUCUGCAUAAAUCGAAGGCGUAUCGCAUGAUUAUUGUAACUCAUUAGUUUUCUACAUAAGGUUACAACCCUCUCAAGCACACGAACUGUGUUAAAGAUCGUCAUAGAGGUUCUUUCACUACUUUUGUUUUGGAGCCAUUUCACCUCCUUUUUAAUAUAAAUUAUUAUUCAAAUUUCAUUACACGUGAAAAUAACCUUUUUUAGAUGUCUGGGGCAAAGAUUACGAGCAGUUUCAAUUAAAUCUAAGUUCAGACUCCAGUGGCGAAACUGCAAAACGUCGUUUUAUUUGCAGCUUACCUUUUAGUUCAGUAUGUAUAAUGACAUUUGCUAAAUUUAGUUUCUAUUUGAAGCUAAUAUCUUUUUUUGUAAAACAAAUGGAAUAAAAGCGAUUCAUAAUAAUUUAAUAUAAGUGUUUUUCUGAGUCUGAGUCUGAACUCAGACUUAAAGUAGAACUGAACUAAUAUUUGACAUUAAGUUAUUACAUAACUAUAUAAAAGAUUGAUAAUUGUUCGUAAUCACUUGAGACUAUUCGUAAUCACUUGAGACUGUUCGUUAUCACUUGAGACUGUUCGUUAUCACUUGAGACUGUUCGUUAUCAACUGAGACUGUUCGUAAUCAUCUGAAACUGUUCGUUAUCAACUGAGACUGUUCGUAAUCACUUGAGACUGUUCGUUAUCACUUGGGACUGUUCGUUAUCACUUGAGACUUUUCGUAAUCACAGCACAUGGUUUAAUUAACGUGUGAGAGUACUUUGAAGAUAUCUUGAAAUACAUACCUAGAAAUGCCUUCCUUUAUAUUUAUAUUUUUUUUAUCAUUUUCUGUUUGAACUAUUCAUUGCGUAUGUAUAUUUUACUGACAUGCCAUAUCUGUGCUGUUAUUACCAUCUUGCGAUUGAAACAAGAUCAGGUAAAGGCUUCUUUUUUUUUCGGAAACCUGAAUUGGCAAACGAAAAGAACAAUGAGGUAAAAAAAAGUUUACGUAAUUUAUCUGUAAGCAUACCCAUUAAUAAAUAAAUCAUAACAAAAAAACACAAAUAAAAUUGUUAACUACUAAACUUUUGUUACAAAAUAAAGAUGCAUGAAUGUU